AUGUUUGACAUGAUUGUAUCUUACAUCGAGAGCUCGUACAUUCUUGCCAAUGCGCGGCUUAUCUGCCGGGGAUUCGCCAACAAGUUUACGUUUAAACAAGUACUCCAGGAGGCCACCUUCGUCCCUAUCCGCCCGAGCAUAUGCUCGCUCUGGAAGUUGAGAAAAGAUCCGAGCUAUAUGUGCCAAGGAGAACACAUGCACCCAGCUCGAGAAACUCGUAGGCUUAUAUACGAGGGCGUGGUACCAAAGACGUUGGAAGAGCUAGACAUUGACAUUCUUGCCCUUCAACAGCAGCAAGGUGGACCUGAAGCACUUCGAGCAUGGGAGGAAUUCCGCCAUUCGUUCGAUAAAUAUCGCAACUCGAUCGAUUGCGAUAGACGCCUCCGUGAAGCCGUUGCUCGCUUCCCAAAUUUAGACACGAUCGAGUAUCACUGCGGCUUCAAGUACGAGCGGGCUCCCGGUGAGUGUGCAAAGCUCCCGGCAGCUGAUCUAAUCCGGCCGACCCCAGGCGAGUGUGGGCAGUAUAACUCUUACACGAACCGUGUCUGGGGGGAUCGUGGCUCAGGUAUGUAUAUACCUGCUAUAUGUAUUGGUCUGUCUUCAUUCUGGUUUUGGAACACUAGCGAGCCAUAA